CCGGUGCACACUACGCAAUAGCGCUAACAAACCGAACUGUAUGGAUGUAAAUAAACUGUAAACAUUUAUUUUCACUAAAUUAAAAAAAGCUGCGUUCUGUUUAACAUGGACGACCAGGAAAUGCAGUUGAAAGUAAAGCGAGUGACGGAUAAGUUCACGGAGAGUAUGUACGUGUUGGCUAAUGAACCAUCUAUAGCACUGUAUCGACUACAGGAGCACGUGAGGAGGUCUCUGCCUGAACUGGUACAACAUAAGACAGACAUGCAGAGCUGGGAAGAACAGAGCCAAGGUGCAAUUUAUACUGUAGAGUAUGCCUGCAGUGCUGUGAAAAGCAUGGCAAACAGCAGCCUCUGUUUUAAAAAUAUUGAUGGACUGCUGAAGCAAGCUAUUGCAACGAAGGAACACAUCAGCGGCACACAAGGACGCAGUGGUGUGAAAUCUGUACCUAAUCACAGUGACCCUCCACCACACGACCCUUCCUCAUCAUCAUGACGUAUGGAAAACCAUAAGCAAGGAGAAGAACUGUGGAUCCUGGUGUAAUGAGAGAAAUUUGUGAAAAGCAGAAUUCUGGGAUAUGAAUUAUAGUUCUGAGUCUCCUGAAUGGACUCCAUUCCAGAGGUGACCCUCGCUCAGUCUGUGUGACGGCCUCUUGAAUUGUGACUUUGGCAACUCGACAGAGCCUUGAGAGGAGUGAAUGCAAUUGCUCUGCCAGUUUCUCCAUUACAGUGCUUUAUCAAGUGUGUGAAAGAAAGGAUUAUUCUCAGUCGUAUGUAAAUAUAUUCAAGUAGCUUUAAACUCUACUGUGCUCUUGUAUUACAAUGAGCUACUUUUUUUUUUUUUAAUGAAUUUUAAUGGAUUUCUUUUUUAAUGGAUUUCUUUGAAGACAUUACAUGUAAAUGUAGUAUUAAAAUCUGAUCAAAUCAUUGCUUUCAAUUAUUGUGACUAAAAAUUUUAUUGUUGUUGAGCUUUAGCUUUAGCACUGAUGCCACUUACCACCCAGGUAAAAAGAAAUCCCAGCACAAAACAAGCCAAUAGCAACAUGCCGGAUGACCCUGCUGUCUGACAGGAACCACUCAGCCCUGACGGAAUAACAAACAGAGGUCAACUGCAAAAGAUUUCACUUUGGGUGAAAAAUGAAAAUUUUAUUUUCUUUAUUAAACAAUUAUAUAAUUUUGAAAAUUCAUGGAAGUUAAAAAAUAACAUCCUGAAAUAAUACAGCAAUCCAAAACAUUAGGCAAAGUUAACAGAAAAAUAAUUUCAUCAUGAUUUCAUCAACAUAUCAACAUCCACUGGUAUAUUUUAUUUUACUUGCUAAUGAAGGAACAUUUGUUAAACUCAUCCUAAAUAUCAUGGUGAAAAUAAACUUCUCAGUUGUCUGUUAAAUAAUAUAUUUUUUAUGCUGUUCCCCACUGAGUGUGUAUCUUUGUUUCUCUAGUAUAUGUGUUUUAGCUGGGAAAUGAACAUAUAUCUAAAUAGCUUUAAACUUCAUCAGUGUUCCUAAAAUAUACCAUAAAUAUUUUAGCAUGUAAAAGUCUGAUCCUAAAAGUGCAAAUGAUGUACACUUGGUGGUACCCAGAAAGAAUACUGUUUCAAAGG